AUGCCUUGUGAUGUAUGCAUUGGUCAAGGCAGAGCAGAGCCAAACAAGCUCUUCAUCGGACAGCUGGCCUUUGAAGCUGAAGAAGGCGACCUCCAAGAGAAGUUUGGGAGGUAUGGAGAGAUCCUCAAUAUUCAAAUUAUCAAAGACAACAUGACUGGAAAGUCCAAAGGCUAUGGCUUCAUCAAAUUUGCUGAGACUUCUGAUGCUGAGAAAGUGUUGAGGACAAUGGAUGGCGCAGAGAUUUGUGGCCGCAAGUGCAAACUGGAUAAAGCUGGCGGAGGAAGACAGAAUGCGUCUCGAUAUGAUCGGGAUGACCGGCGUGGUGGCGGCCGUGGGCGCGACGGGAACAACAAAGAGCCAGAGAAGCUGUUUAUCGGAAAGCUAUCACCGGACGCCACAGAGGAUGACGUAAGAGAAGCAUUCCGAAGACUUGGUGACAUCAAGGUACAACUGAUCAAGGAUAGGGACACUGGUGACUCUCGUGGCUUUGGCUUCGUCACCUUCUCGGAUGCUUCGAAAGCUGAAGAGGCGCUUCGAUCAUGGCAAGGGACAGAGAUCGCUGGACAAGGUUGUAGACUGGAGCGUCCUGGUCAGAAGCCUCAAGGCGGACAAAGGGGAGGCGGCCGCGAUUCGCGCUCACCAAGCCGCAGAGAUCGUCGUGGGGAUGGCCGCUCACGGUCCCGGGGACGACGUCAAGAUCGAGAUGAUUGGGACCGGAGGGGACGAGCUCGGGAUCGAUGGGAAGCUCGACCGCGCGAUCGGCGUCAAGGUGGCAGAGGUGAGAGAGACCGGGGAGAACGUGAUCGAGGCGAUCGAGGGGAUCGUGAUCGAGGUGAUCGUGAUCGAGGCGAUCGAGGUCGAGGUGAUCGCGGCGAUCGAGGGGAUCGAGGCGAUCGAGGCGAUCGCGAUCGUCGAGAUCGUGGCCGAGAGCGUGACGAUAGAAGAGAUGAGGGACGAGGACGAGAUGACAGAGAUGAAAGUGAUUCACGGGAUUCACGAGCUGAAGAAAGCCAGCGCGAACGCCGUUCUCGGACACCGGAUGGACUGCCCAGGAAAAGUGAAGCCAUCAGCGCAGCCCGAAAUGCAUAUGAGGAUGCAUACCAGCGUGUGCAAGAUGCACGCGAGGAAGCAGAUUCGGCAGAGGCCUCAUUAAAGAAGAUGCAAAAGGAUGCAAUGCGGGCAGUGGAUCGCAAGGUCGCAGAUGAAACUGAAAGGAUCAAGGCAGAUCUGGAAGACAAACUCAGUGAGAUGAGAAGCAAAGCAAAGAAUACCCUAGCUUUGUCCAUGGAUACAGCAGAACUUAAGCUGCGUGAAGAGUUGGCCGAGAAGAUUGCCCAGAUCAGAAAGGAGUAUGACGUGAAGGUUAAGGACGAGCACGCCAGACUUCGAAGGGAGCACGAGGAUGAAGCAGAGGAUGCUGAGAACAAGGAGCAAGAAGCAGCUGAGAAGAAAAUAGAGGAACUGCGAAAGAAAGCUGAAAAGGAGGAAAACCCAUGGGAGUGGAGAGAAGCCCGCGACAAGGCUGUAGACACCUUGGAGAAGGAGGAGGAGAAGUUGGAAUCUGCUAAAAGACGAUUGGAGUCGUUGACUGGGCAGCCAGUGAAGGAACCUCGGUCCCGCUCGAUGUUGCCACGCGAGAAGCGCGGCAAGCGGCCACCCUCUCGCCAGGUGCAGUUCUGGGUGUUUUUACAUUUUAGACACGGUGUUGGUGCAGGCGCUCUCAGUAAGUGAGGGGCUUUGGCUUGCAACUACUGUGACUUUGUCAGACCAUGUUUGUGGACAACAACACUGUUCUGUUUGGGCACGAAUCAUACCUGCCAUCAGAAGCAGCAGGGAGGGGAGUGGUGUGUUGCUGUUUGCAGCGUCGCCUAUUUAUUGCUUUGCCUUCGUGAGAUCAUUUUUGAGAGUGCAAUACCUCAGUGUUCACCAUCAGUUUGUAUGCGACAUUGUACCUGCUAUGAUGACCCUGGCAGCAAACAAGAGGGGACAUGACAUGCACUUCAGAUGUUGAUUGGCGAGAUUGCAAGGAUAUUGGCUGCUUCCUGUGUCGGCUAUUAUAUAUACUAUGACUCUUAUGACUUUGCCAGGUUGUCUUUAUGAAAGGCAAAACUGCUUUGUGUACGAUGUUGCAUGCAUAGUUUCAUCAACUUUGCAAACAUUGACAGGACCUUUCUCGACUUAACCAUCGAAACACUGCUGGCAAACUUGCCCCCUUUUUUGGCAUUCUGUCUAUGGGGGUGCAGUCCGGUGCAGUCGUUUUCCCGUGCCAGGAAAACACAUCAUGUGGCUUCAAC